AUGGCGACACCUGAGGGAUCCUCCCUUAGCGUCCACACUCCGCCUCGAGCAGCUGACUCUUCCCCGCUCCCGGUUAACGAGCUUCGUUCGGCUCGACGAGAACUAGCACGGGCUCGGCGAUCUCUGCGUGAUAUAAGGGAGGCUCUUAAUAAUAUUGUGGACAACGGUACCGCGGAGAAUGAGGAAGUCAUCGAGAAUCUCGAACAUCAAGAAUUGGAGGCGUUAGAUAGG